GUUGCACUAAUGCAGAGACUGCAAAAGCCCGAGCUGCAGGAACCCAUAAAAGACACAUUGCCAUUGAUCACCCUCAGAAUACUCCUGCUGCUCCACACACACACAUCCCAUUGUUCUGGCCGUUUCCUGAGGCACCUCUGGAAUUCUGUCUUGACUUCAGUUAUGCUGCUUCUGCUGCCUUGAUGUCCUGAGUCCUCUCUAACCGUUUACCGGGAGUGGUCAUUUUGACUUUGGGGAAGAGCCAGAAGUCACACUGUGCCAGGUCUAGUGAGUAAGGUUGUGAGAGUUUCUCUCACCCCCGCCGUGUGGACAGUGCCACACGCCGCUCCAGACAGCAACGGCUCUGGUGUGCAUUCUCCAGUGUUUCUUUUGUCACAGAGCCUGGCGGAGCCGCAGCUCUUCCAGCGUCAGCCCUGAGCUGAGUGAGGAACGUGCAGCAGACAUGGUGAAGAUGACCAAGUCCAAGACGUUCCAAGCUUACCUGCCGAGCUGUCACCGCACGUACAGCUGUAUCCACUGCAGAGCCCACCUGGCCAAUCACGACGAGCUGAUCUCCAAGUCCUUUCAGGGUAGCCAGGGACGAGCCUACCUCUUCAACUCCGUGGUGAACGUGGGCUGUGGCCCUGCCGAGGAGAGGGUCCUUCUCACUGGGUUGCACGCGGUCGCGGACAUCUACUGUGAGAACUGCAAGACCACGCUCGGGUGGAAAUACGAACAUGCCUUUGAGAGCAGUCAGAAAUAUAAGGAAGGAAAGUUUAUUAUUGAGCUUGCCCACAUGAUCAAAGACAAUGGUUGGGAGUAAAGUGGAAAUGUUCCAUUCUCUUUCGAAUACUGUUUUGUGAAAGAGACUCUGAAUGUAAUGGAGACAUAGAGCGUCCUGGAUGGCAGUAUUUCUUGAACUUAACCUCGCAGGCUAGCCGUGCCGCGACCCUCGGAGGCCUCUCUGGGCCAUCUCUGUGGGUAAGGUGUCCCCAUCUGUGUCCUUUUCAUGUAUACGGUUGUUGCUGGAAGUUUGCAGUGUUCUUUUUUUCAGUGUUCUCAAGUUCUAGGGAACAAAUUAACCAACUGACAACUUA